ACCGAUGAGAUAAGUGAACAAGCACCCUCCUACAUCUGCAGAUAUUCUUGAACUACAAUUUCCAUCCUCCCUAAGACCAUGUUGGCCUGGGGCUGAUGGGUGUUGAGAGUCUAACCACAACUGGAGGGUCAUGGGAUCCCUGUAAAUAUCUCUGUAUCUCAAUACCUUUUGAAAUUGAGCUAACAUGUUACAAACAAUGGUAAAACCUUAAAUCCUUAUCACCUUACUUGCUCCUUCAUUUAUUCAUCUGUCAGCAUGACUGAAUAGUGAGGGACAAGUCUGUCAGUUUUCAUUUCUCACUGCUUCUGAUUUUUCUCCACAUUAGUUUGUGAUUUAAAACAACACUCUAAUGAAAAUUUAUCAGCAUUCUAGUGUAUAUUUCUCCUAAUGCUGAUAUUUUGUAUGCAAUUUUUUCUAAUGUACAUACUAUUGCAAAGUAACUUCUCCGUGUGUGUUCAGCUUGAGCAUUUUUUAAAGAAAUUGCAAAUUAGGGAAAUUUGCUUUAAAGGUGAACUGAUUUAAAAGCAAAAUUAGGUAAAUUUGCUUUCAAAUGUGAAUAUAUGUUGUCCUCCUCUCUAGGAAGUUUAACAGUAUUAGCCAAGAAGAGAGGGAACUAAGUUACUGUCACAGGCAGCUAAUUUAAAGUAAAAUUAAACCAAAGACAUUCAAAAUCUGCUACAAAAGGAAGUUGAAUCCCCCCCCCCACUUUUUUGCAAGAGAAGUGUGGAAAACAGAAGACAUGAUACGCAGAAGUAGUUGCGAUUGCUUAAAAGCAAGGAACCAUCCUUUUCUGAAAAUUCGCUGUCCAAGUACAGGAGAAAGUUUGCAGCUGAAGCGUGAAAAUCAACAGGAAAUACACAAUUGCUGAAAGCCAAGGAACCAGCCUUUUGCCUUUUCUCAAAAAUUGCUGUUUUAAGUACAGGGGAGGUCAAACGGCAAGUCUUGCAUACAUCUCAGAAAUGUUGUUUCAUAAGGCAACCAAAUCUUUGUCCAAGGAACUGGACCCAACAGGAGAUUUGAUCCCAGUGCGAAGUGUUAUAGACCAACAUCAUUUUAGGCCUCUCUGCCUGGUUCAAAGAAAGAGAAAGCAGUCGUGGUGGCAGACCAGCCGUUUCCAGAGAACUGAAUACAAGCUAAGUGAUGUGCUGUUAUCGGGAGACCAUGCUGCAAAACUAGAAGUCCAAGAUUCAGGUUCAUUCACCGUUGUGGACCACGUAGAUGGAAAAGUGGAGGGAAAUAUUGGUGGGCGGAUUGAAGAGACAAGAGUAGAAGCAGUGGCGGCUGUUAGUAUGUCUCAUUCAAGGUCUGUGAACGUGAGAAAGAUAUAUGUCCACCCCCAACUCCUCGAUUCUGCAACAAGAGAUGGGAAAAUCAACUUGCAACAUGAGUUCAUUAAACAAUCAAAGAUGAUUCGAAGGGACCUGUUUGUGAUCAAUGAGGCAGUGGAGACCGUGGAAGAGACAGAGUUCAGGGAAUCCAGCAAUGCUGAAGGCAACAUCUUUUACGACACCUGCAUCAAUCUGAAACUGAAGGGUGGCAGAGGCAGUAAGAAAGCAAUCAUCAUUCCCAAAUCCUGCAUUCUGGCAUUCAGAGCCAAGCAACUGUUAUUUGGAGAGAGAGAUGCAUAUAUUUCACACUAUCCAUCCAAGGGAAGAGGAAGUUUUGAUGAAACUGUUCAACUACACGCAAGUAGACAAUGCGAUUCAAUUCAGAGAAAAUUGAUCUCAGGAAUCAUCAUAGAACACAAGAGUAAAGACAUACAGCAGGAAGUUAAGACACAAUUUGUAAUAUUCUCUUCAUUAUCUGCGAUGCUGCGUGGCAAAUUUCUAACUGGCUUUCUGGUGAUAAUGAGAGAGAAUGACUUGUUGCAGGAACUGGAGCUCCAGAUGGAAGAGGCUCUUGAAGGCACCGGUCAAUUCAAGCUGAAGGCUGGCAAGCCAGAGCUGCGAGACUUGGUGGAGAAUUUACAAGAUUCCAGUGGGGCCGUUUUCACUGACCUUGUUGAGGCAGUCCUCUACUUCCUUUAUGCUCUAGAUGAAUUGACAGAGGAGCAGCUGAUACUCCUGGCAGAAUCUGUGGAGAAGAAGAUUGUGAACAGUCAGCUUUCACUGGUCGGAAGCAUCCUAGAUAAUGACUUCAGCAGAAGAGAAAAAGUGUUUACCAUAGAAGCCAAGCUCUUAAGCAAAGAGGAACUGACUAUAACUGAAGCAAUCAUAAAAAUGAGUGGAGUCGCGGUGCAAAAAAGUGGAUCCAGUCUUGUUGGGACUGGAAGUCCUGCUGCUUUCUCUGCUCUCUGUGCACUAUAUGCAGCUCUGUAUGCACUCAAUACCCUGUCUACUUAGGUAUCUAUAUGUUCAGAAGUCAGUCUCACUAAAGUCAAUGGAGCUUACUCCCAGGAAAGUGAGUACAGGGUUGCCGUGUUAGUCUUUUAUCCUCUUUGCAUUCUGACCCUCUAGAAUCCCACAGUAUCCACUUUGUUUACGUCUUUAAGUCUAAUGCUUGUUCAUGGAUAGAGGCCAUUGCUUUAAUUCAGUGCCUCUGCUGACUCCCUACUAUCUAACAUGUAUAACUAUGGAUCAGUUCAGAUUUAAUGAGGAGCCAUGGUUUCCUUCCGUAAGAAUGAGCUGAAGAUUGCCCCUUCCACCUUCAUUUGUGCCUGCAAGAAGACUGAAGAUUUCUGAUAUUCUAACCAUCUUCACUCAGAGCCAUAGAACAGCCUAUUGGAAUGUGAGUAGUAUUUCUACAUGUGCCUUGAUUAUCUUCAAAAAAUCUAUGUAUGAGAGUUUUGUGGAGUUUUGUUAAUACUAUCCAGAAAGAGAGAAAAUGAACAGAUGACCUAACUCUUGCAGAAGUUGUGUGUAGUGGCUGCUGGAUCCAGAUUUUAAGUCAAAACACAUACUGUAUUAAAGAUCUCUUUUCUUCUAAUGUUGGUGUUUUAUUAAUCAGCAACAGUUAAGUGGGAGAAUCGGGUCUCAUCCAAAGCUAUUUACAAAUCUUACUUGCUACUUUUUCCUCCAUAAGUAAUUGCUACAUUAUAGUCACAAAAGUGAAGGAGCCAUAACAUCGUUUUGUUACAAACUUACAAAAUAAAACAUGGUCUUUUGA